CCUGCCAAGUGAAACACUGCUAGUGGAGCUCAAACCACCUUGUACAGCUGAAACACUCUGCUCUUAAUGCUGGAAGACUAGAGGCGGAGAAUCAUGACAAGCAGAUUUUCUGCUUGUGUGCUGGCUUUACUGUACUUCUGUCAUUCCUCUGAUUCCUAUGAACCAACGACAUUGCCUGAUGUCGGAGAUCCAAAGUUUAUUGAAGAAUGUGUGCGAACUCACAACAGAUUCCGGUCUGGAGUGAAUCCACCAGCCAGUAACAUGCUCUAUAUGAGUUGGGAUCCAGAUUUGGCAAAGACCGCAAAAGCUUGGGCAAAGAAAUGCCUGUUUAAACAUAAUACGUACCUCAAAAUUCCAGGGCAGGCUCACCCCAAAUUUACCCCUGUUGGAGAAAACCUCUGGACUGGCUCACUUCCUGCUUUUACUGAGCAAGCAGCCAUCACCUCUUGGUACAAUGAGGUCAGAGACUACAAUUAUACCACCAAUAAAUGCAGAGGACAAUGUGGCCACUAUACACAGGUUGUUUGGGCUACAAGCUACAAGGUUGGCUGUGCUGUCCACUUCUGUCCCAGGGUGGCAUACUCUUCCAUAACCAAAGCAGCGCACUUCAUCUGCAACUACGGGCCAGCUGGGAAUUACCCAGUGCGCCCAUACAAAAUGGGAGCAGCGUGCAGUGACUGCAACGGCGAGCACUGUGCCAGCAAGCUGUGUCAAAAUGCAGAGCGUGACAAAGUCAUCAGUGAUUCCAGCUGGCGUCCAGACUGGGACAGACCUGCAUGUGAUGAGUACUGCAUCACCGUUCUUGUUUUAAGACCGUUACUUCUUAUACUGUCAAUCCUGGCCACCUGUCUCCUACCAAAAUACACAUCUAUAGCACCCACCAGUGAGUGACAGACAUGCAGAAGACCAGGAAAACACUGAGGUCAACUCAUCCCUUCGUUACUGACAGCACAAAGAUUGGUAGAGACAUUGUUUGCAUGCACAAAUGAUUUAGCAGUACAGAAAUACCAUCUUCAUUGCAGCUUGCUUAUUGCUCAAAACUAAUAAGUGGGUUUAAAUUAUUCUGGUAUUUUUUCAAAGUGGAACGGUGU